ACAGUACUCUUUUCGCAAUUUGCUCUGUAUUGACAUUGGUAGCUUGUCAGCAGACAACGCUGUACCUGGUCAAUGUGAUGGGAAGGGACAAGACGAAACCAAAACUAUUUUUCAGGUGAAGCGUAAUAAGGGACAUACGUUCAAUGGUUUUACUUGUCGUACUGUAAAGGUUAACUUGAAUCGGUUGCCAUUUUCUUGCUGACCCAAUGAUUUUCGCGCUGUGACUGAGAUGUGAUGACCAAUGAUGAAAAUCAAGGAAUUUGAAUAGAUGCAAUUUGGAUUACAUUGAAGAGAAUCGCACGAACAUCAAUGUUUUCGAAGAGGAGAGACGUCACCUGUUUUGAACAUCUCGCCACAAGAGGACUAUUAUGACAGCUAACGUUAGCUGGCUGUGACUUACACAAAUUCUAUUCAAACUCAUUGGUGUUGCAUUUCAUAGUUUUUCAGGCAAAUAUAUAACGUUAGGCCUGUAUUUUGUAUUUUCUUGCGAUAAUCUGAUAAUCACAAAUUGAUGUCCGUCAAUUCAAUUGAUAUUCUGUUUAGUUAGCAUGAAGCUAACGUCAAAGGUAGCUAGCUAGUUAACUGUAUAAAAUGUUGUCAGCAUGGUUGCUUGCCAGCUACAAUGCAUGGACAACAUGACGCUUGUCGUCAUAACAUGUCACUCUGGUUAUAUAGUUGAAGUGUUUGUGGGUGUUUGAAGCUUGCAAUCUAUUUAUCCAGAACACUUGACAUCAUGUAGAAUGUCUGGCAAAGCAGUUUUUGAGCUAAUUUGUUUGCCUUCUAAAUGUAUAUAUAACUAGCUAACUAGCCAGUUUGCAACGCUAGCAAUCUGGGUCAGAAAAUGACAGCUGACAGUAGGGACUGACAUUGUGUACCUUGGGAUUGCGGCCAGCCAUGCGUAAAGCUGACUGCAGUGUCUGAUUGUGGAAAUAGUUCAAGGUAAAGCCUUACAUAAUCUGUUGUAAUUGGCUACUGACAGGGAAGAAUUUGACACUAGCUCCAGUUUCGCAUUCCAUUUUAAACGUGAUCAGUUGCAUCAUAACCUGGCUGUUUCUUAGGCAAUAUCAAAGGUGGACUGGAAUGCAUGCUUGUCCUUGUAAAACUGACUUGUAUUGUGUUAACGCCACAAGCACUAGUUUGCUUGACAGCUAAAUCAAGGUUCCACUAUCAAAAGAGAAUAUCCUUCAAAGUGCAUUACUGAAGAAAGAACCUUUUGACACCUGACCUAAAUUGGACAGUUACGUUGACAAUGGAGACUGUUGGAGACUUUGAAUACAGCAGAAAGGACCUGGUGGGACAUGGUGCUUUUGCUGUGGUGUUCAAAGGAAGGCACAGAAAGAAGACUGAUUGGGAGGUGGCCGUCAAGAGCAUUACCAAGAAGAACCUCUCCAAGUCCCAGAUCCUGCUUGGCAAGGAAAUCAAAAUCCUCAAGGAACUUCAACAUGAGAACAUUGUGGCGCUUUAUGAUGUCCAGGAAACUCCCAACUCUGUGUUCCUGGUCAUGGAGUACUGCAACGGUGGCGAUCUGGCUGACUAUCUGCAAGCCAAGGGGACACUGAGAGAAGACACUCUGAGGGUGUUCCUCCAGCAGAUAGCAGCAGCAAUGAGGAUCCUCAAUAGUAAAGGCAUCAUCCACCGAGACCUGAAACCACAGAACAUCCUGCUGUCAUACACGAGCCGCAAGAGAUCCAGCAUCAACGGCAUCCGCAUCAAAAUAGCUGACUUUGGCUUCGCACGAUAUCUCCAGAGCAACAUGAUGGCUGCCACACUGUGUGGUUCCCCCAUGUACAUGGCCCCGGAAGUGAUCAUGUCUCAGAACUAUGACGCCAAGGCAGACAUGUGGAGCAUUGGGACGGUUGUCUACCAGUGUCUCGUAGGGAAGCCACCUUUCCAGGCCAACAGUCCCCAGGACCUGAGGAUGUUCUAUGAGAAGAACAAGUCGCUGCUGCCCAUCAUCCCGAGGGAGACGUCUCCUCCCCUUGGCAACCUGUUGCUAGGCCUGCUGCAGAGGAACCAGAAGGACAGGAUGGACUUCGAUGCAUUUUUCAGCCAUCCUUUCUUAGAUCCAGUAUCUGCCAUCAAAAAAUCAUGUCCUGUUCCAGUACCCAACUGCCCUAGCGCUGUGACCGACAUCACCUGUGGCAGCUCGCCCUCUGUUCGCUACAACUCCCCUGCCUCUCUCCCAGACAUGCAGACGUUACCUGAGGACUGUCUGUCAUCGCCCCCCCUGGGCCCUCCAAACUACCUGCAGCUGUCUAAGGAGUCUGGAGGAAGCACCAGCAGCAAGAACUCUUCCAGCGACACGGAUGACUUCGUCCUGGUGCCACACCUCUCCACAGAGUCGUAUGACCAGCCAAUGGGAGCAGUGGGGCGUCGGGCGUCCGCAGAGUGGUGUGGAGGGCAGCCGCAGACCACCGGACAGACCCCCAUGGUGUCCCCUCGGGCAGAGACCACCCCCAUCCCUGUGCCCACCCAGGUGCGGAACUACCAGCGCAUCAAGCAGAACCUCUCCAACAGCCCCACCACCACGCUUUACAGCUCCCCCAGGUCUGGUACAGUGAGGCGGUCCAACACCAGUCCCAUGGGUUUCCCUAAGGUUGGCUCUGGGUCCGCCAGCUCUGCAGACUGCAGCCCUCAGAUGACAGGCAGACGUCUCUCCGUAGGCAGCUCCCGCCCAUACUCCCCCUCACCUCUGGUGGGCACAAUCCCAGAGCAGCUGGGUCACUGUUGCUGUGGACACACUAAGGGCCAUGAGUCCCGCAGCCGCAGCUCCUCAGGAGGUUCUCCAGUGCCGUCGUCCCAGUUACUGGGGGCUCGCCUUCAGAGUGCCCCCACCCUUACCGAGGUCUACCAAACCAGACAGAAACUCCACAAGCAGCUGUCAGACCCCAUCCAGCCCUCCACCUCCAACUACCCCCCCAGCCACUCCCCUCAUCUGGGUCGCCCUGGCAAUCUAGGCACCUCCCCCACCAAACACCUGGGCACCUCUCCCCGCUCCUCUGAUUGGCUGACAAAGUCACCGCUGCCCACCAUCAUUGGCUCCCCCACCAAGCCCAUCUCGGCUCCAUUCAAGAUCCCUAAGACGCAGGCGUCCUGUAACCUGAUGGCCCUGGCAGACAGUCCCACACCCACUAAGACCCUGGCGGACGCACGGGACAUCUGUGCCCACCACUGCACCCCCUAUCCCAGUGGGCGCCAGUCUGCCCCUGAGGCCAGUAGGACCAACUUUGGCAGGUCUGUCAGUACUGGCCGUCUGUCUGAACAGCCAAUCAGAAUCACUCUAGGGGGACAGCCCUACCAGGGAAGCACGGACAGCCUCAACACAGAGCGGCCCAUGGAUACAGCCCCGGCAGGACCGUUUGGGCUGGCUCAGCUUCAGGGCGGGGCGGCGAGUCCCCGGACCGUUCUCUUCACCGUGGGCUCGCCCCCCAACAGCAGCACCCCCCCUACCUGCAGCCACCUGGGCACCCGGCCGCGCACCACCUCAGUGGGCUCCAACAGUUCGGCAGGCUCCCUGUGCUCCACCAGUGGGCGAGUUUAUGUGGGCUCUCCUCCAGGCAUGGCAAUUGGGACCCCUCCCCAAGGGGGGGCAGAGGCAGGUCCCAGCAGCCUACGCUAUGUCCCUUACGGUACCUCUCCCCCCAGCCUGGAUGGAUUCAUCACCUUCGAGGCCCCAGAGCUACCUGAGGAGACACUCAUGGAGCGAGAGCACACAGACACUCUGAUGCACCUACGGAUGAUGCUGUCCUUCACUGACUGUGUCCUGGAUAUCGCAGCGGUGCGAGCAGGAGGGGCAGACUUGGGUAUAUCGGCUGCCUCCCUCUACCCCCCUCAGGAGAGUGUGGUAGUGGACCAGAUCAGCCAGCUCAGCAAGGAGUGGGGGCAGGUGGAGCAGCUGGUGCUGUACAUGAAGGCUGCCCAGCUCCUAGCCUCCUCCCUCCACCUGGCCAAGGCCCAGAUUAAAUCAGCCAAGCUCAACCCCUCCAGUGCAGUCAAGCAGGUGGUGAAGAGUCUGAACGAGCGUUACAAGAGCUGCAUCUCCCUGUGUCGUCGGCUCACAGACAAGCUGAACCACUUCUUCUCCGACAAGCAGCGCUUUGUAGACGAGAUCAACAGUGUGACCGCAGAGAAACUCAUCUACAACCACGCUGUGGAAACAGUGCAGUCUGCAGCUCUGGAUGAGAUGUUUCAGCAGACGGAGGACAUAGCCUACCGCUACAACAAGGCUGCCAUGCUGCUAGAUGGCCUCUCCAAGAUCCUCCAGGACCCUGCAGACAUUGAAAAUGUGGCCAAGUACAAGGCCAGUGUGGACCGGAGAAUCUCUGCCCUCUGCUACUGCACUGUCACACUGUACGAGUAGCAGAUCACACACACACACAUCAGGGGCAGCUGUGACCUCCCUGCCUUCCUUCUCUGCCCAGAGGGACCACUCUCUACCCUAACCAUAGAAACUUGAGAACAAGCACAGAACCCCAAUGUUCACUCACGUAGCAGUUCAAGUAACUUUCAGAUUCUUUAUCUUUUUCUGAGUUUAAGCAAACAGCAACACGACAUAUAGUAUUAAACCUUCUUUGGCAUCGCAGACUGACCGCUGAAGUGCAGAAGAGAUGAUGCACACAUUCACUACCAAAGAUGAUCCAAUGAUCCUGCAACUGAGACAUUCACAGGACAUGAACAAGACGCAGGCAUCUUCUCGCAUGCUGUCUGUCAACCGACUCCUGGAAGAGAGUGGGACGAGGACACACACCACCAGAUCAAACAAACUACCCAGCUUUUUGUUUCUGACUUGCAGGAUUUUUAAAAUUAUUUUGUACCAGAAGAAAGAGAUUGACAUGAGGACAAUGACAACCCAGAGACUUAUACACCGAUGAAAAAGAAAACGUUUUAAUGCAAUUCACAGUUGUUAUUAUAAUAAUGUAAAGGUUUUUACUCUGUGUUAUUAAUGCUGUUGUGAUUAUUUAUUGGUUUGGGAUAGAAGAAGAAGGAUGAUGUGAUCCCCGCCUGACAUCGUCUUUAGUAUUGAAGUGGAAGGAAGGAGUAUAUGAGAUUAGUCAACUUAAAGGCAGGCAGUCUGGCCAACACUGAAACAAAUACACACACACUUAAACGCCCAAACACACACUUUACAGUACAAGAAUACACACACACACUGUUGUUACACACAUGGAAGGAAUCCUGAAGAGCAAAGGAAUCUGUAGAUUUGUAAUUAGAUCUUUUUGUUCAUUUGUUAGCUGAAGCACUUUAUUGUGAAAUGUGGGGGGGACACUUUGCCAUGACAAUUUAGGUAAGAGAAGUGUGAAGGCUGCGAGCUGUAGCUCAAGUGGGUUAAAGGGAUGGGGGGGGGGUCUCUCACACCCUCCUCAGCCUGCAACACCACUCGCCCUGCCACAGCUCUCCCUCAUUGCUGGGCAACCUGCUCGCAUGCUCUCUGAAUAAGUGUUGCCAUGGAAAUGGGGUGAGGGGUCAUAUGAAACAUCCAGUCUCUACACAUCUCCACACCACUGGUGGGCUUUUAGAAUACUAUGGUAAGAAGAAGCCUGUGGGUGACAGAGAAUCAGACUAAAAUUGACGUUUUCUUUGCCUGUGGAACUUUUAGCGGUGACCAGCAUAGGCAUUUGGGGAGGAGGGGCUCCUGAUCAGUUAACCAAGGGGGCACCCCCCUCUCCAGGGUGAAUCAAGACAAAACAGUCAAAUUACUUGAGUAAUUACCUUAAGUUUCAUUUUCGCUAAAUAAUACAGAAACAAGCUUUUUUAUGUUCAUACAUGAAUAACUGUAGCUAAUUUCCUUGUAAAUUGAUGUUUGCAAGAGUGUAAAAAAUGUGUAUGUUGUGCAUGGGAUUUUGUUAUUUUGUUUUCCUAAGUGUGUGUGAGAGCACAGUGAGAGAGUGAGGGGGUCAGUGAGCGAGACAACGCCAUUGGAUGCCCUGCCUCUCAAAGAGCACAAACAUUUUUAUGUACAUAGAGAUUUGAUAUGUCCUUUUAACCACGCCUGCCACGGGUUCAGUCAACCUACCUCCAUUAGAGGUCCCUGGCACAGAGGAAGGUGCCAACCACACGGCAGCUGCUCAGAACAUCUUCACACAACUUCCUCUUUGUACUAGGACUGUUCAUAUACUAUACUGGAUAUGGAAAUUCUAUGUGGAGAGAUCAAAUCUACGGUGUAUUGGAAGUAAAGAAAGGCAGUGCCUAGCAACCAUUCAAGUCUGUUCUCUCCCCAAACAUCUGCUGUGCUCGCAAUACAAUAGUGUUAGUGAGUCUGCACACGUCAGGUAUGCAAAAGGCCAGUGAUCAUAGAAAGUCCAUUACAGAAGAAUAGCUGCCUCAUAAGCCUGUUUGAAAAGUGGGCAGACUCCUUUGAUUUCCUAUUGUACAAGUGUGAAUACUGUGUAAUGCAUAAACUUGCAACUGGUGGCCACUAGGUUUUUUUUAUGAUGUACUGUUCUUUUUUUAUAGACAUAUCCAAGUUUCUGUGAUUUAUUUUGGUUUUGUUCUUCUUGUGUCCUCUCCCCUGCUGGUGAGCACUGCACCACAAAAAGCCUUUUCUGCGCACUGAGUUGAGGGAGGAAUAAAUUAAAAACAAUAGUCUGUCUGAAUUGACCUAAUACAUGCAUCUAUUUAUAGCGCUGGGGUUUUAGGCCACACACCCUCUCUAGCAGUAGUUUAUGAAGAAUGGAGUACUAACGAUGGACUGUUUUAGAGACAAACCAUUGGUACUAAGCACAUGUUAUAUCCCGUAGAGUGAAUGUAUUUACCCUCCCUGUCAUUUGCACCUGAAGCUGAAUGCAUACCAACUCUUGUGAUGGUCAAUCCCCCCCGAACCGACCACGAAAAUGCAACUGAAUUUCCACACACCUCUUUUUCAAUGAGAAAUGUUAAUGUUUUACUUGAUAUGUGUUAAAGGGCAUCUUUCUUUAUGGAACUCUACAAAUUCAGCCUUUGUUAAUUAAAAAGAAAAGUUGGAACUA